UCUUCUUUUAAAAGGCAAUGUACGAAGUGAUAGGCGAAGUGAUAAUGACAUUUUGAUUUCUGUGUCACAUCCUCACGAAAAUAUUACAGGAUAGUAUGUUUGGAUUUAAAACAAUACAUGGGCAAUAAUUUCAGAAGUUGACCCUGUUGUCAUAUCCCGUUGUACUGAUUUGAACCGGUUACAAAUACCGGAAGUGAGAUUGAGAUCUGUCAAAAUUUGUAAACAACAAUUAUAAUUGAACAUUGACCAAGAAUAUAUUUAAACAGAUCAUUUAUCAUGGACCGUGAUGAUGAACAGAUUUUGAGUUUAGAUGAAGAUAUUGAUGAGCGGCAGGUGCAGCCUUUUGCAGCCUCGAUUUAUGACGUAUCCAAUCAAGAAAAUGAUUCCAAUUCCAUCGGCAUAGGGGGUGGAAACUUCGACAGCGAACAGGCAGGAAAUGGUAUAAAUAUUGAAUAUGAGCUGAGACUUCUGCAAGCGCAAGUUUUCAUUGAAGAUGCUGCCAUGUAUCGUGCUGUUGACCACAAAGUUGAUACAAGGUCCCUGAAACUGUACCGGCUCUACCAUUCCAGACCAUUCUCCAUGUUUAGAACUUUUGUGAUAGUCCUUCUCCACUUAUUGGCAUUUUUUGAGUUCCCAUCCUCACUAACGUGGACGUCCGAUAUAAGAACCCGGGGCGAGCGGGUUAACCUGCCUUGCGGGCUCACUGAGGCCAUAGAGUUCUUCUGCUUCAUGUUCUUUAUCUGUGAUAUUGUUUUGAAGGAGCGUGUAUAUGGAUAUCACCACCUGGUUAAAAAUCGCUGGAUAAUAGCAGAGAUGGCCGUCAUCAGCGUGUCGCUUGUAGACUGGUCUGUGUCUAUCAGCCUUGGCUGUAAAGAUGUUGUGCGUGUACGGCGAUUGUUGCGACCUCUUUUCAUCAUACAGAACUCUUCCCUCAUGAAGAAAAUACUCAACUCUCUCAGGAAAACUGUGCCUCAAAUAUUUGGGGUGUUACUUCUUAUGGCUCUUCACCUGUACAUAUUCACAUUGUUCGGAAUGCUACUUUUCCCCAAACCCAACACUUCACCUGGUAGAAAUGGCAUGGGAGUGUUACCACCUAGCAACAUGAGUAACGCCUCAACAUCGACUGGAGAUAAUGAAGCAGCGUAUUUCCGCACACUUGCUGAUUCUUUCAUCAACCUCCUGGUGCUUCUUACAACUGCAAAUAAUCCAGAUGUGACAUUGCCAGCCUACAGCAGGAACCGGCUGUACGCCAUUUUCUUCAUUGUCUUUCUCAUCAUUGGACUGUACUGUUUCAUGAACAUGCUGACUGCUAUCAUAUAUAACCAGUUCAGAGGCUACUUCCUGAGCGCUAUGCAGAAUAGCCUGAUGCGUCGACGGCUCGGACAACGGGCAGCAUUCGAAGCCCUAAAACACAAGAGCAUGAAUAUGAUGCACGUUCAGGAUGCAGGGCCCAGUAUGGAUGAGGAACACAGCCAUACAGUGUCAGUACGGGACUUGAAGGCCAUCAUCUCACGAUCAAACAUUGGCCAGGAAAUGAAAAUCAUCCUGAUUGAUACAAUAGCGCAAGGAUUUGUUCAGGACCAGAUGUUGUCAUGGAACAACUUCCUGUCUGUUCUGCGAAUGAUGGAGAUGGAUAAAAGUCAGAAAGAGAAGCCAAGCAUUCGCUGGAUUGUUGGUCGACCAUGGUUGCUAUGGCUACAGAAGGCUGUUUGUCAUCGAUACUUCAGUUACUUUGGAAACUUCAUGGCGCUUGUCAAUGUCAUCCUGAUAUCUUUUGAGUUGGCGACAGAGUAUGACAAGUCUCUAAUGUCCAGCAAAUCAGCCCUUAGGAUCAUGAACUUCCUAUUCAUCUUGUACUACAUGGUAGAGCAGGGACUGAUCCUCGCCUGUAUGGGAUUUCGGCGCUACAGAUACAGCUGGGCUAACAUCUAUGACGGAUCCAUUGUCCUUUUACUACUGAUCUCAGAAAUCAUCACCGUUGCGUUGUAUGGAUUUCCAUUCUUUAGUUACAGUCGGUCUGAGGUUGAGAAUAACAUCACUCUGUGGAAUAUUGUGCGGUUUAUCAACAUUCUCAUCAUGUUCAGAGUCCUGAGAAUCAUCUGGCACAUUAAGGCGAUGGCCAUUGUGGCACACACUCUUCUUGAUCUCGUGAAGAACCUACAGUCCUUCGGCGGUAUACUCAUUGUGAUAUACUAUUUCUUCGCCAUGCUCGGAAUGGAAUUGUUUCAGAACAAGAUCACAUACAACCCUGGAAAUGGCUCCGUGCAUGCAGGUAUUGGUAAUGGUUCCUAUAUCAAGCCAGCCAACAUGACCUGUGGAACGUAUGAACAGCUGGACUAUUGGGCCAACAACUUUGACGACUUUGCAGCAUCACUGGUGGUAUUGUGGGACGUCAUGGUGGUCAACAACUGGAUGGUCUUCCUUUACGCCUACGGCAAAUACACUUCCAAAUGGUCGUACCUGUACUUUAUUGCCUGGUGGCUAACAUCUGUGAUCCUCAUACUCAAUCUUUUCACAGCUCUUAUUCUAGAGAACUUCAUUAUGAAAUGGGAUAGGUUUUACGACAGCCAGCAAAGGUCGCGGGCAGUUCAACCUUCGAUGGGUGAUGGGGGCGGUCAGAGACGGUCAAGAGCUUUGUCUCAGUCGAUGAAGAUGGACACACUCACGGUGCAUGAUAUAUUCAGGUCCAAUCUGAAGGAGCCAGAAGAGCGAGAGAUCCUGGAGAACCUAUCACAACUCAGGUUUUUCCAUUAUGUGGAUGUCCGACGACACACAGAGAGCUUUGUAACUUGACAUCCAUUCACAGCCCCCAAGGUCACCAUUACUGCGUUCAUUCAGAUUGUUGAAUAUGUGUGAUAAAAUGUAGAAAAUAGAACACGGAACAACAGUAGUCAUCCCAAGGUUUAAAAGAAGUUUCAUUUCAAGUGCUUACUUUGGGAAGCAAGGUUUCAAGAGCUGAGUGACACUGUCACUACUGUGUUCACUUCAUAAACAUUCAUUUGUGAUAUUUGACAUAUUUAUAAAGUGCCGAUUGUAUUCAUAUUCAUUGCAAUCUAUUGAAAACUAUUGUAUUUAUAUAAAAGACGAACAAAAACAUGUAGAGUUACAUUCUUCUACAAAUUGAGAUUUCAUUCUUAUGAUUAUCUGAUAAUGAUCUGACCCAUAUCUGCCUCAGGAUACAUACUUGCGUUAAUGAUAUAAAUUUAAUUUCAUGUAAGAUAUAAACUGCUUUCCUCAAUAAUUUUUUAUAAGAUUUAGAACAAUAUUUAUCUAUUAUACAUAUAUAUAUAUAUAAAACUACAGCAGGAAGUCUCCCCUGCCCUGUUGCCACUGUCACACCGGUCCUUGCUGAUGUCACUGACAGUAUAUUUAAAACAUACUUUCACUGCUACUGUUUGAAUUACCGACUUGUUUAUUCAAUUGAAUUUCAAAAGUAAAUCAUGUAUGAUAUUGUAAAGCCUUCAUCUUAAUGGCAUUAACGCACAAAGUUACUUUUGAUUGCAUUUUUAUUUUUAAAUGUGGCUAAAUGAGUGCUUUUACUUUACUUCAGCCCUUGAAAUGUAAAAGCCACAAAAUACUAUUAUGAUUAUUAAUCUUUUACUUUACUCUACCAAGGUAUGUUAAAAAAUAUUCAUAAAAAAUAAAAUGUCUGUAGACAUUUGCGUUUAUGCAAGUUGGUGUCAAAAAUAGUUUUAAAUAAUGAAAUAUAAUAUAUAAGUGAUUGAAUGUCUGUGAUACAAGAUUUAAACUUCUUGCUUUUAAUAAAUGUUCUUGUAAGAUUAACAAGGUAUUCAAUGAAAAUUGGGUUAUUAGAAUGAGGACGUCGUUGGGUGGGCAUUGUCCAGCAGUGCCAAGCUGGUUGUUUAGCUCAAUAACUUUAGCUAGGAUUGAUAUAUAAUGAUGAAACUUGGUCUGCAGCAGACUCAAUGGAAGACGUUCCUAAGAAUUUAUUUCUAUGCCUAAUUUCUUGAUGGCACAAAUUAAAACCUGGUUCCGUCACAUGGCAGGAUUUCUCAAAGUUUAUCUUAUAUAACAAUGUAUAAUACUCAAUGAGAAGGAUUUAUAAGCAGUGUAAUUAUGAUGCCACUUUGUUUUUUGGUUGUUUUGGGGUUCUAAUAGAAUCAUUAUAAUAAUUAUAUUGCUUUACAGUAAAACUUUAAUCCCUAAACAGCUCUUGUUUGUUAUUCUUUAAUACUGUCAGCAUUAUUAUGCAAGAGGGGUAUAUUGCUUUGCAUUUGUCCAUCGGUCGGUCAGUCCGUCGGUAGACCAAAGCUUGUCCGAGUGAUAACUUUUCUAACUUGAUAACAAUCCCUGGUCACCAAACUUGACAUGAAGUUGGGCCAAACCAGUAGAUGAUCCCUAUCGAUUUUGGGGGUCAUCAGGCCAAUGGUCAAGGUCACAGUGACCUUAAAUGAAAAAAGGUUGUCCUAGUGAUAACUCAACAAUGCCAGCGCCCAUGGCCCUCUAACUUGACAUGGAGGCUGGGCCUGACCAGUAGGUGACUCCUAUUGAUUGUAGGGGUCAUUGGACCAAAGGUCAAUUUCACAGUGACCUUGAAUGAUAAAGGGCUGUCUGAGUGAUAACUCAUCAAUGCCUGCACCCAUGGCCCUCAAACUUGACUUAGAGGUUGGGCCAGACCAGUAGAUGACCCCUAUUGAUUUUUGGGGUCAUUGGGCCAAAUGUCAAGGUCACAGUGACCUUGAAUGAUUAAAAGUUGUCCUUGUGAUAACUCGACAAUGCCUGCACCCAUGGCCUUCAAACUUGACAUGGAGGCUGGGCCUGCCCAGUAGAUGACCCCUAUUGAUUGUAAGUUCACGGACACAGUGACCUUGAAUGAUAAAAGGUUGUCUUAGUGAUAACUCGACGAUGCCUGCACUCAUGGCCUUCAAACUUGACUUAAGAGUUGGACCUGAACAGUAGAUGACCCCUAUUGAUUUUGGGGGAUCAUUAGGUCAAGGGUCAAGGUCACAGUGACAUUGAAGGCAAAUUUAACAAUUAAUUGACCUUUGGUCAUCAGACUUGACAUGAAGGUUGGCUAGUAGAUGACCCCUAUUGAUUGUAUUCAAUGCGAAAAUGUUCUUCGAGUGAUAACAAUGCCUGCACCCAUUAGCCUCAAACUUGACUUAGAGGAUAGGCCUGACCUGUAGAUGACCCCUCUUGAUUUUAGAGGUCAUUGGGUCAAAGGUCAAGGUCACAGUGAUCUUGAACGCAAAGAGCUUGUAUGUGUGAUAACUUGACAAUGCCUGCACCCAUGACCCUCAAACUUGACAUUUAGGUUUUGGAUGACCAGUUGAUGAUUUAUAUGGAUUUUGCGGUUAAAGGUCAUGGUCAUUACUCAUAUUCAUCAUUGAAAUUUCGUCAUAUUUACUUAUUCCCUGCUGCGAAGAGGAUACAUUCUUAUCUGAAAAUAUCAGUCAUCAUCUGAACAUGAUUAAAAACUGUACCUAAUAUCCUCACACAUUCAAUGGCCAUUAUCUUAAAACUGCCUCAAAGGCGUCCAAUGUCAAUGACAAAGCAGCGGUCAUUUCGGUCUAUGCAUAUUUCAUUGGAUUGUCCAAAUAAUCCUGACAACAUGGCGCUAAGGGGGGGCAUAAUGUUUGACAAACAUCUCUUUUUAAAGCCAGUCAUAGACCUUGGUACCUUGCGUAUUGUCAUUAAUAACAUGACAUUUGUGUUCUCAUUUUAUGCCAAUAUCCUGAAUGGUUUUGAGCUUAUGACUGAGAUUGCAGAAUAUGUAAUUGUAAUUUUGUUACUUCCUUUAAAACUCCAAUACAAAUGAGCAUUCAACACACAGACCAAAUUAUUAUGCCCAUGUAUCAAAAAUGUACAUCAAAGGAUUCAAUCAGGAUAGGAAAUACAUGCUCUGUGACAACAGAACAAAUUUUUUACUUGUUUUAUGGUUUCUUUGUAUUCCUCCAUAGGAAAGUGAACUACAGUCAAAGCUCGUUAGCUGAAACUCCCAUAAUGAAAAUACCUUGAGUUACAGAAAAUUCUGGAAUGCUUACCUUCAGUAUAAAAAAAUCGGUCCGUUACAUCCAGUUUAAGCUAACGAGCAAUUGCAGAUUGUGAGUUUGAGUCAACGGAGCUCAACUGUAUGAUGUGAAAUCAUAAAUAUUCGUGGGACAUUAAUUUUCGUGGUUUGGCUUAUCCAGGAAUUCAAGAUCUCAACAAAAAUUUUACCUUUAUUUUUUAAAUCAUACUGUCUAUGUAAAAGGGUAUGCAUGUAUUCAAACAUGUUGGCUAUAUACAACUUGUAAGUACCUAAAUCAUUGUUUAUUUUACUAUUAAUAUGUUUUACAAUUAUUAUAUAUUAUUUAACCUCAAUGAUAAUAAAUAAAAGUCAAUUAUUAGUACUUGCAUUCAGUUUUUUUGUAUGACAUUGCCGGUACAUAAAAACAAGUUGAUUAUCAACCUCUUGUGCAGCACAUGUAAAACAUACCGAUGAUUAACCUUGUGUGUUUGAACGUAGUCGCUUGAUUUUGAUUUGAUGAAAUUUCGAAUCGAUUAUUUAAGCCUUUCAUGCAUUUCACAGUUUGUUAAAAAAUACUUUAUAGACAUUCAAUGGCUUCACUAUUGUAUAUACUUGAUGUUGGUGCAUCUUUAUUUAUGAUAUAGUAAUUGACAUAUUGUCCCAUUUUAGUGCCAUGAGAACUGUGCAUGGUGAAUUUGCAGAUGAUUCAUUAUUUUUUUAUUAUUAUUUUAAAAUAAAAAUCCACGAAAUUAA